AUAAUCUUUUCCAUAUCCACACAAAAAGAAAGAAGAAGAAGUGAUAAUAACAAUAAAUAAUCAAUUAAAUACAAACCAGAAGAGGCAGAAGAAAUUGAAACCAGAGAAGGAGAAGAAGGAGAAAGGAAAUGGGAACAGGAGCAUCAAGAAACUCAGAUAGUUCACAUGGAAAUGAUGGUAGUGAAAGAGGAGGAGAAGAUCAUUCUGGUGGACAACUUUAUGUUUCACUAAGAAUGGAGAAUUAUAAACUUAAUGGAGAUAUUAUCCCUCAUGUCUUUGGUUCUGUUCCUCUAAUCGGUUCUUGGGAUUCUUCCAAAGCUUUGGCAAUGGAAAGGGAAUCAACAUCUAUGUGGAUAUUGAGUUUCGUUGUUCCACCAAAUCAUGAGACAUUGGAUUUUAAGUUUUUGUUGAAGCCGAAGUAUGCAAAUACACCAUGCAUUAUAGAGGAAGGGUCAAAUAGAUUACUGUCAGGAGGGAUAUUGCAAGGAGAUACAAGGAUGGCGGCAUUUAGGGUUGAUGCUGAGAGUGAUGAUUUGUUGGAGUAUCGUGUAUUCGUUGAAGCGGAUAGAGUUUCGCCGUUUGACCUUGCAGCUAGUUGGAGAGCGUAUCAAGAGAAUCUUGAACCAUCAACUGUGAGGGGGAUUCCUGAUGUUAGUAUUAAUGCAGCACCAGAAGUGGGCGUCGAGAGUGGCUCCUCAGCAAGUUUGGAGCUUGAUCUAGAACAUUAUGUUGUUCCUGCUCCAGCGGCUUUUGCAAACUCAGGCCUUGUUUAUGCAGCUAACUUUACAGAAACUCCAAGAUCAUUAACUUGUGCUGGGACAUUUUCCAACUCGGAAAGCCCGAGCAGUGCCUCACAUUCACAUAACACUGCUGGUGUUUCCACUGAUCGAACUGCUACUAGAAAGGAAAUGGAAGUCAUAGUCCCAGAUCCUUCCAAGAUUAAUCCAACUUCUGGCAUGGUCGAGUCGAAAUCAGUGGGCACAUUCUCACCAUUUCAGAGGCAAGAUAGUCAUAGGGGACUCUUUGUUGAUAGGGGUGUCGGAUCUCCAAGGCUUGCUAAAUCAGUUAGUGCAAGCACUUUUGCUACUAGUCUUAAACUUGAUUCUGAUUCUAAGAAGAAUGCCAUACCAGAAGCUGCUGGAGCUGUUGCGGCUGCCGCUGUAGCUGACAGGAUGCUUGGACCAAAGGAGGACAGACAUUUGGCAAUUGUUCUGGUUGGUUUGCCUGCCCGAGGAAAAACUUUCACUGCUGCUAAACUUACAAGAUAUCUUCGUUGGUUGGGUCAUGAGACCAAACAUUUCAAUGUUGGAAAGUAUCGCCGCCUUAAGCAUGGAACAAAUCAGACUGCUGAUUUUUUCCGAGCUGACAAUCCAGAAGGCAUGGAGGCACGUAAUGAGGUAGCGGCCCUUGCAAUGGAGGAUAUGAUAUCUUGGAUGCAAGAAGGUGGACAGGUUGGAAUUUUCGAUGCCACAAACAGUACCAGUAAACGAAGGAAUAUGCUCAUGAAAAUGGCUGAAGGGAAUUGCAAGAUCAUAUUUUUGGAAACAUUAUGCAAUGACCGGAGCAUUAUUGAAAGAAACAUACGUCUUAAAAUUCAACAAAGUCCUGAUUAUGCAGAAGAGCAAGAUUUUGAAGCUGGAUUAGAAGAUUUUAAAAGUCGACUAGCCAAUUAUGAGAAGGUUUAUGAGCCUGUGGAAGAAGGCUCUUACAUCAAAAUGAUUGAUAUGGCGAGUGGUCAAGGUGGGCAGAUACAGGUGAAUAAUAUCAGUGGUUAUCUUCCAGGAAGGAUCGUCUUUUUCUUGGUUAAUACACAUCUCACACCACGUCCAAUAUUGCUUACCAGGCAUGGACAAAGUCGUGAUAAUGUUAGAGGCAGAAUUGGAGGAGACACAGUCAUAAGUGAAGCGGGGGAACUAUAUUCGAAAAAGCUAGCAAAUUUUGUUGAAAAGCGACUGAAAUCUGAGCGGACUGCAUCUAUAUGGACUAGCACACUGCAGAGAACAAUUUUGACUGCAAGUCCAAUUGUUGGGUUUCCAAAGAUACAAUGGCGUGCGCUUGAUGAGAUUAAUGCUGGAGUUUGUGAUGGAAUGACAUACGAAGAAAUAAAGAAAAACAUGCCCGAGGAAUAUGAGUCUCGUAAGAAGGACAAGCUGAGGUACCGCUACCCUCGGGGGGAAUCUUAUCUUGAUGUUAUCCAAAGGUUAGAGCCUGUGAUUAUCGAGCUUGAACGACAGCGUUCACCUGUUGUUGUGAUUUCACACCAGGCGGUAUUGAGAGCAUUAUAUGCAUAUUUUGCUGACAGGCCUUUGAAAGAAAUUCCACAUAUUGAGGUACCACUUCAUACAAUAAUCGAGAUACAAAUGGGGGUCACUGGGGUUCAAGAGAAACGGUACAAACUCAUGGAUUGAACUUGUUGUCACACAUCCUUAAAUCUGUAACAUGUAACUACAAAAACGAUAAUGAUAAAACCACAGGGAGGUGCAAAAUAACACUGCAGCAAUUCUCAAUUUAUUUUUAACCUGUCAUUCAUCUUACAAAAUUUGUACUGAAAAUAAUGAGAAUUUGCUCUCUUUUUGUAUUUUGACAACAACUCACUGUCAAUUAUUAGAAAGGUUUUAUAUGGUUGUAUUGUCCGAAAUAGUGAGGAUGGUUAAUAUUGAUCACUUCCACAUUAGCCUGAAAUCUAUGAUUUCUUUCAUUUUUUGAAAUCCAA